CACACGGUGAACAUACGCUCUCUCCCUCUCUCCCUCUCUCCCUCUCUCACUCUCUCUACCCACUCCACCCCACACACACACUCACACCCACCCACACUCUCCCAGUCAGUGCUGAGAAGUGACUGGUGAUGGGAGUAACUGACAACCACCUCAGAUUAACUAACAAUCUGUUGACCACAAACAAACCACUUUUUUGACGAAAGUUUGAUGGAAAAUGACAUAAAAAUCUCCAGUGCAAUACACUGGCAAAGAUGCACCCUGUAAAAUUGUUAUACGGACAAGUGCAAAAGGCAAAGCCCAAGUGAGAGAGGAAAAAAAAUAAAAAAAAAAUAUAUAUAUAUAUAUAUACAAAAUAUACGUGUGAGGUGGAAGUGAGAAAGGGGAAAAAUAUUGAAUUAGAGUGAAACUCUCUGUCUCUCCAUUCCCUUCGGUGGAGUGCAUUCACCUGUCUUCCGGGAAGCUUCCUCUCGAGGAGACAGUCUUCCCUUCGAGGAUGCCUUGGCCCGUGGUCCUCUCCCUCCCGCUGCUGCUGCUUCUGGACACUCUUCACACCUUCACCUCCGCCCUUGAGAUGAAGAAGAUACCUGUGGUGGCAGUGACGGGCGUGUGGGGCGGGUCAGCGGCACUGCCCUGUGAUGUCUCUCACCCUCCUGAAGAUUCCAUCCUGCUGUUACUCUGGUUCCGAGAUCAUCGCACCACGCCUAUAUACAGGCUGGACGAACGAUGGCUGGGACGGGGUAAGGAGAGGCACUGGUCGGACGAGGAGGAGCUGGGUGCCAGGGCCGUGCUGGAAGUGGCGUCCUCACCGGCGCUGCUGAGAGUCUCCACACUGACUCUAGACGACCAGGGGCUCUACACCUGCCGUGUCGACUUCAAGAUGCAACCCACCAAAACCACACGUGUCAAUCUGACGGUUGUCGUGCCACCGGAGAGUGUAGGUGUGGUGGUGGGCGGUGUGGGCGGCCCACAGCUGGCAGUAACUAGCGUGGCUGGACCUUACCAGGAAGGCGACAUGCUAGUCCUCUCUUGUAUUGCUCACGGAGGUGUGCCUCCGCCAUCAGUGGUAUGGUUUGAGGAUACGCACCUCCUGGAUAGCCAUAUGGAAUCGCAGGAGGGACGCAGCACCACGGCAUCACCCCCAAUAGCAUCAGCAGGAGCGACUUCGAACUCCACCAGCCCCACUUCGGGAGUCCUCUCAGGGACGACCCAGCAAUCUUUAGCCAACCAGACAUCGCCGACCCGCGCCGGAGCAGGCCAGCCGUCGGCGCCACCAGCUGCCAUAGUCCCAUACAAUACGCUAACGCUAGGACCACUCACUCGCAACGACCUGAAGCUCUUGCUCACCUGUGAGGCCUCGAACAACAACCUGACGUUGCCUACGUCUCUCGUAGUAAUGGUCGACAUGAAUCUUCCAGCACUCUCAGUGGUGAUCCGAGCUCCUGAACCCCCUCUGAAGGCCGGCAAAGAGUACCAGAUUGUGUGUGAAGUCCGUGGAUCACGCCCACCGCCCACCAUCACCUGGUACAACUCCCACACCAGGAUACCAGACGCUGUAGAGACGACGUCCGUAGAUGGGAAUGUCACUACCAGCACCCUGGUCUUCACGCCCACGCCUGAAGACAAUAUGUCCUUUCUUCGCUGUGUGGCCGAGACUAGAUCAGUCCACUCCACCAUGGAAGACAUCUGGAACCUCACUGUACAUUAUCUGCCCACAGCAUCCGCCAACUUCGGUUCGUCUCUGGACUCCAGUAAUAUCAAAGAGGGAGACGACGUGUACUUCGAGUGUGAGAUCGAGGCUAAUCCCAGAGUCUCCCACGUCUCCUGGAGACACAACAACGAGGUGCUGGUACACAACGUUACCAGCGGAGUGAUCAUCAGCAACCAGAGCUUGGUGCUCCAGCGUGUGGUGAGGGCUCACGCUGGCAGGUACUCUUGUCACGCCCAUAAUGUUGUGGGAGACGCCAGCUCUAACUUUCUCAGACUUGAUGUGAAAUAUGCCCCAGUGUGUGCGCCUGGGCAGGUCACUACCUACCCCGUGGGACGCAACGAGGACGCGGAGGUGACCUGUUCUGUGCAGGCCAACCCGCUGCAGGCCACCUUCCAGUGGACGUUCAACAACACAGCCGACACCAUCGACGUCCCUCAAGGACGCUUCACUUCUUCCAGCAGCCACAGCGUCAUCACCUACACCCCGAUGACCUCCCUGGACUACGGCACGCUUCUCUGCUGGGCCUCCAACGAGAUAGGCACCCAGAGGGAACCCUGCGUCUUCCAUAUUGUGCCUGCAGGAAAGCCGGAGGCGCCAGGUAACUGCACGGUGGGAGGCAGGACACGCACCUCCGUCAGAGUGAAGUGUGUGGCUGGAGGCAGCGGUGGCCUCCUGCAAAGAUUUCUGCUGCAGGCUAGGCAACAUGACGGUCACCACCUCCUCAACCUCACGGCCUCCUCCCCGGCCUUCCUCGUGGAGGGACUGCAGGCUGGACGCAAGUAUGAUCUUAUUAUCACCGCCUACAAUGAGAAAGGUUCUAGUGUCCCCGCCCAUGUCACCGUCUCCAGCACCGGUGCGAACGGUUCUGUCUACCAGCCACACGACGGACCUUCCGAAGCGGAAGUUCGCGACGGCGGCAAGAACGGCGGCGGCAGCGCCAUCGGCGGCAGCAGCAGUGGCGUCAGUGGCGGCGGCAGCGGCGGCGGCGGCGUCAGCGGCGGCAGCAUCAGCAGCGGCAACAAUAAAUACCUGAGCGUCCUGGCUAUGCCUUCGCUAGUGCCCGCCGCUCUGGGCGUCGGGGCAGGCCUCGUCAUCAUCAUCAUUGUCCUCAUCGUCCUCAUCACGUUCCGCACGCGGCUACCCCGCCGCGGUCACCACCCUCACUGCCGCCACCCGCCGCCGCCCCCGCCCUGCCAUCCGGACACACCCACCCAAGAGACCGAACCAGAAGAGGACUCGCCGAAGUUGUCCAAGUCUCCUUCACUCAGUCACCGCCACAGCUGUCUCGAGCGAGACACACAGGUUGAGUCUGAGAGCGACGCUGACCCUGACGUGAUCCCGCUGCAGGAAGGCUGCAGACCGCCCGACACCGAUUCGGCGGCGUCUAUCCUGCUACCGCCCGACCGAUACCAGUAUGCUCCCAUCCCCGCCCGCGUUCCUGCUAUCCCUCGUUACGGCGGGGUAGGGACGGCAUCCCCUGCUGCAGGAACCAAGAUAGGGGACACCCCUUCUAGCUUCCCUUUGCCUUACGACACGGCGGAGACGUACAGUGCCAAGUGCCGGCACGUACAGGUCUCCACGCUGCCCAGAGCCAUGCCACACCCGCCGGGGAGAAAGUGCCGCCAGACUACCACCGUCAAUCCCCACCAAUUCCCCCCAGUGGGGAUAGAAGGGGGUCUCCUGCCUCCCCCGCCUCCGGUAGAGUACCAGAACUCCAGGAGUAAGCGCGGGUCCUUGUGUGGUAGUCACCCGGCCUGCGAGGACACUCCCACCACUCCACUCCUAGCCAAGCGAGAAAGCUCAGUAUGAUAUUCUGUAUGAUACUCGUUAUAAUACUGUAUGAGCUGAGUAUAAUAUACACAGUGUGAGCUCAGUAUGAUACUUAGUAUGAUAUUCAGAAUAAUACAGAGUAUGAGCUCAGUGUAAUAUACAUAGUAUGAUACUCGGUAUGAUACACAGUAUUACAGAAUGAGCUCAGUAUGAUACUAGGCACGAUACUCAGUAUGAUACAUAGUGUGGGUUCAUUAUAAUGCACAAUAUGAUACUCAGUAUGAUACACAGUAUGAUACUCAGUAUGAUACACAGUAUGAGCUCAGUAUGAUACACAGUAUGAGCUCAGUAUGAUACUAGGCACGAUACUCAGUAUGAUACAUAGUGUGGGUUCAUUAUAAUGCACAGUAUGAUACUCAGUAUGAUACUCAGUAUGAUACACAGUAUGAUACUCAGUAUGAUACACAGUAUAAUACUCAGUAUGAUACACAGUAUGAGCUCAGUAUGAUACACAGUAUGAGUGAAAGGGGAGUUAAAAAUAAACACCUUUUUGAUACAUAAUUCCUAUAUUAUACUGGACACAGGUGUACUUUUUUGAUGGCUACAUAGAAAAAAUUAUAUAAUACUUUUAUAACAUUUGUACUAAGGCCUUUUGUGUCGCUGGAGUGAGAGACACUUGAAAGAUAGAGAGAAAGAGAGAGACAAUCAUUUUCUAUAUUGCAAGUACAAAGGAGUAACA